AUGCGACGACAGCUCUCCGCUGUUGUGCAGCAAUGUCUGUGCGCGGCACCAAGAGUUGUCACGGUUGCUCAGCGCAGAAGCACUGAGGACAGCGCGGACAGCAGCAGCAACCGCAGUCGCAGCCUUGCAUCGUCGUCAUGUCUGCCGCUGUCGUGCUCACUCAAGGGCGCCAUCUGCGAUGAGGCAGGUGAUGCCCAUCCGAUGCCCGCCCUCGUGACAUCGUCAUCAUACUCCGGCGGACGACAGCGCCUUCUGUGGGCCACGUUGGCUGGCUGGUGUGUCGGGGUGGCGCUGUGUGUUUCGGCUGGUACGACGGUGGUGCUGUGCCGCCCGUACGAAACCCCGACGUAUCUGAUCCCGUACUACCUGCGCGACGUGCGCUCGCGAUUCCUGCACUACGCAUCGGUACGGAAGCGCAAGGGUGGCCCCAUGUACAUGACCGCGGAGGACUUUGUCCUGGCGCUGCUGGCCUCGCCGGAGAAGGUGUUGCCGAACCCGGACAUUGUGCAGGACCUCCAGCGCCUCUUCGAGUCCAUGGACGCGAAUGGGGAUGGCUACAUAAGCUUCCCAGAGUUCCGCUUCCUCAUGAGCCUCCUCACAAGCGACCCGCGUGAGGUGGAAACUCUCUUCUACAUCGUGGGCACUGACAAGUCGGGCACCCUCUCGUUGGAGGAGUUCGCCAACGUGCUCCGCGGCGCCACGAAGGAUGAGGCAGUGGUGCGCUCGUUUCUGAAGCCGUCGACGCGCCGCAACGGCAUCGUCAAGGCACUCUUCGGCGACGAAACAGCACCGCGCAGGUGCUCCUUCAGAGAGCUGGAGGCGGUGAUCCACAGCGUGCGCACGGAGGUGUGGAAGGCUGAGUUCCGCCAGUAUGACGUGGAGAAGCACAACCGCAUCACCGCCGAGGAGUUCGCGGCGCUCAUUGCCAGGCAGGUGCUCGGCUCUCAUCUGCCGUACUACCUGGUGGGGAACAUACGCCGCCUGCACGGCAGCGGCGACGUCGUGACGCUCGACAUGUGGUUAGGCCUGAACGAAGCGAUGCUCAACGCAGAGCAGCUGACUGCUAACGUGGAGAUGUUCUCGAGCAGCGGCAUGUCGGUGACAAAGCGGGACUUUCGCCGGCUUAUGUCUAUGGCCGGGGUGCCCGCGCUGCCUCAGGCCACUAUCGACCUCAUCUUUGCCGUCUUCGACAAGAACGGCGACGGGUCGAUGGAGAUAGAUGAGUUCCUCUCCAUUAUGCGCAAGAAGGUCAACUACCACUACACCGCACCUCCGCAUGAGCGCAAGAGUCUGCCGAGGCGUUUCCUGGAGUGCUCCAGCUAUGUGCUGGCAGGCUUUGGCCGAUAG